AUGUCUAAGCUGGGUGAUGACGAACUAGGCCUCAUCCUUAACUGGAUCACCGACCUAAAUGACAGACGAUCAUUUUCUGAGGUCUGCAAGCAAUGGCUGAGAGUGGAGGGGCUAAAUAGAUCAUCACUUCGUCUUCUCGAACCCGAUGCUCUCCUUCAAGUCUUACCCAGAUUCCCAAAUUUAGUCACAUUCGAAACAUCAAAGUUCAUCACCGACGCCGACCUCUCAUUCUUGGCCCAAACAUGCCCCAAAAUCGAGGUAAUCAACCUCAGUCUGAAAACCCCACGUGAAAUUUCAUACCAAUUUGAUGAAGUAUUGAUAUUUGAUCAUGUUGGGGACGAAGGUCUUUGCGCUUUGGCAAAGGGGUGUCCCAAAUUGUCCAAGGUUUUGCUCAGAAGGAGAAAGAAUAUUGGGAAUUUUGGAGUUGUUUCGCUAUUGAAUUUAUCACAUAAUUUGACGUAUUUGGAUUUGGGAUUUUGUAGCUUGGUCUCGGACCAAGCCCUAGAAGCAAUUGGGUCUGCAAAUUCGAUUAGCGUCUUGAGUUUGCAAGGUUGUUCAUUGAUUACAGAUCGUGGAUUGGGGUUUUUGGCAAAUGGGUCUCCCUCAAAAACCAUGAAAAGGUUGAAUCUUGCGGAGUGUGAUAGAAUCACAGACUUUGGGGUCUCGCUUUUGGAGCAAAUGUGUUGCUUGGUGGAGCUGAAUUUGGCUGAAUGUGGCCCAAAAGUGACUGAUAUUGGAGGUCUUUCAAUUGCUGCAAUUCAGUCUCUUAAAAGAUUGAACUUGUCAUGGCUGGUCAAUGUGUCAGAUCAUACGCUUGUCGCUCUAGCUGAGAAUUGCCUGAAUUUGGAGAUGGUUGAUUUAACUGGUUGUGAUUUGGUAACUGGAGCUGGCAUUCGUGCAUUUGCAGGUCACAACUGCUUAGAAGCUCUUGUUCUGCGUUCUUGUUUCAAUGUUAGUGACUCUGAUGUGGUAGACAUUGUGCUUAGAUGCCAGUUCUUGAAGUCUGUUGUGUUGGAUAGAGGACUGAGAAUAUGGAUGUUGCCUCAGACACAAGAGAGCAUUAGCAGAUUCGCGGAGUUAGUUUGGGCUUGA